AUGGUGAGUGAGAGUUGUGGCAGCACCACGGCCAGCGGCAGCACCACGGCCAGCGGCAGCAGCACUGGACUCAGUCAUACUGCCUCUGCUGCCAGCAGCACUGCUAUAUGCGUACAGCAGCAGAUGGUCCAACACGAGCAGGAGGAGCUGAAGGUCCUGCAGAAGAAACUGGUGCCCACUGCGCACCCACUCCCACCGCCAUUCCUCGCCUCCUCCGCUCCACCCUCUCACUCUCUCCAUCCCUCUCUGACCUCCUCCCGUCGCCAGUCCAUGUCCAUCCCUCUCUGCCCUCUCUGUCCUCUCCCCUCCCCUCCCUCCAUCGUGCCCCAGCCCUCUUUUCCCACCCUCUCCUGCCCUACCCACAAGCGCCCUGCCUUCUUGCAGAAUGGGGCUCGGGGUGUGGGCAUGGGCAGGAGAGGCGACGGCAGCCGCUUUGGAAUGAAGGCAGAGGAGGAGCGAGCAGAGGAACUCGUGGGCGUGCUGAUGGGGGUAGAUGAGAGGGCGGAUGAGACGGGCGGCAAGAGAGGAGGAGGGGCGAGAUGGGGGUUUGAGGAGGGGCGGGGCAAGAUAGGGGGUAUGAGGGGGGCAGGGGCGAGAUGGGUGAAUGAGAGAGGGGGAGGAAGAUUAUUUUCUCACCCCGCUUCACCCGCUGCUCCCACCUGCUGCUGCAGCCAUAGGAUGGGAGAACUUCGCCCACCUGCCCUUUUAACAGCACUGAAUUGA